GAAGCAGGAAGUGGGGCUGCACUGUCUGGACAGCCGAGCGCGCUGCUCCAGUUCUCUCGGUGCCCUUCGGUCCAGCCGGUGGAGUCGUCUCGCCGCUCCCGGAUCGCUCCCCGCGAAGAAUCCCGGAGCCAUGUCGAACAUGGAGAAACACUUAUUUAACUUGAAGUUUGCUGCAAAAGAACUGAAUAGGAAUGCGAAGAAGUGUGAUAAAGAAGAAAAGGCUGAGAAGGCUAAGAUUAAAAAGGCUAUUCAGAAAGGAAAUACAGAAGUGGCAAGAAUACAUGCUGAAAAUGCAAUCCGUCAGAAAAACCAAGCAAUAAAUUUUUUGAGAAUGAGUGCUAGAGUUGAUGCUGUGGCUGCCAGAGUUCAAACUGCAGUAACAAUGGGCAAGGUAACAAAGUCCAUGGCAGGUGUAGUGAAGUCUAUGGAUGCUACAUUGAGGAGUAUGAACCUUGAAAAGAUUUCUGCAUUGAUGGACAAAUUUGAACACCAAUUUGAAACUCUGGAUGUUCAAACACAGCAAAUGGAAGAUACAAUGAGUAGCACUACAACCCUAACAACUCCACAAAACCAAGUGGAUAUGCUGCUUCAAGAAAUGGCGGAUGAAGCUGGGCUUGAUCUCAAUAUGGAACUACCACAGGGUCAGACAGGUUCUGUUGGCACAAGUGUUGCUUCAAUUGAGCAGGAUGAACUGUCACAGAGACUUGCUCGUCUUCGUGAUCAAGUAUAAUUGAAAGAACUGGUGCUUCUAUUUUCUUCACUUGUUGAAAUAUUCUUCUUUGUGUGUAUAUAUGGAUAAGUUGAACCCCAUUUACACUAAAAUCUCUAUAUGCCAAAAUGCUUAGACUAUUUGUAUACAAUGCUUGGUCUUGCUGUAAUUUCCAACAUUUUUUUUCCAGGUAGUUUCCACAUGGGAAGUUUUUACAGUUCUGUAUAUUAUGUGUAAAAGUGUGAAGGGCAUAUUUUUGUAGUUACCUUUGGCAAAACUGGCAUUACUUUAUUGUACAUUAAACAUCGUCCUCAAAUAUUAGACCAAACAUGUAGCAUCAAGUACUUCUAGGUAAAGUAGUUUUUACAGAAUGAAGUAUAGAAUAAAGGUUUUCAACUUUUCUUAAUUUAGUCAUAUUUAAUCUUUGUAAUGACGAGUACUUCAUAAACGUAAAAGCAGAGAAAAUGUGUUUAUUUAAUAUGGUUUAAUUUGUUUACAUAGCCAGAGAACCUUAUUUAGUGUCACACUAUUUUCUGUGUUUUGUUUUGUGUCCAAACAGAAGCACAGUUGACCUUUAAUGUGUUCUUCAACUCUUAAACUUUGCCAUUAAAUUUUUAACCCCUUAA